CAAUCGAAAAUAAAAUAAAUAAUUGAUCUCCUUCCUCUCCUCGCUCCGCUGAUACCCCGAUCGUUCGAUCCGACGCUGCUGGAGAGAGAGAAAGGGAGAGGGAGAGAGAGAGCGAAAGCGAUCGGCAUGGCGGAGAACCCCGCGUCCGCCUCCCCCAACAAGGUCCCAGCUGGCGGCGGAGAUGGCGCAAUAGCCCCGGCCAACUCCAACCCUAACCUCCCGUCCCCGCAAAUUCCCCCUUCUCCGUCCAUGGCCGUCGGUGACCUUUCCCAGAUCAGCUCCCCUCAAUUGUCUCAAUCCCAUGCUCUUAGCCCUGCCGCUGCGCUCGACUACGCCUCGAAGCAGCAGAGCGUUCAAUCCCAGCAGCAACAGCCCUUGCCGUCGUCGCAGCAACUCCAAUCUCAGCCGCAGAUGCAGGGCCAGCAGCAGCAGCAGCAGCAGAAGCAGCAGGCGCAGCAGCAGCAAAAUAUGAUGUCGCCGUCGAGCUACCAGAUGCAGCAGAACCUCCAGCGAUCCGGGUCGAUGACGCGGCUGAGCCAGCUCCAGCAGCAGCUCGGCGCUUCUGCGGCUGCUGGCGCGAUGCGGCAGCAUGCGGGGAUGUACGGUGGGCAGGUGAAUUUUGGGGGCGCUCAGAUCCAGCAGCAGCAGCAGCAGAUGGCUGCUGCCGCUGCCGCUGCUGCUGGAGGGAUGGGUCGAUCAGGGAUUAUUACACAAGCGGCCCAGCUUCCGAUGCUACCUACACAGACUACUCAGCAUUUCAAUCUGCAGUCUCAGAUGCUUACUCAGCCAAGGCAGAAAGGCUUAGUUCAAGCUGGUCAGUUCAAUCCAGGAAAUUCUUCUGCCCAAGCCUUGCAAGGAAUGCAGAAUAUGGGUAUUAUCAGUAACCUUAGCAUGAAUCCACAACUAAGAGCAUAUAAUCAACGUCUUGUGCAAGGGCAGAUAAGACAGCAACAAUUACAACAGCAAAUGACACUUACAUCACCUCAGCAGAAGCUUCCUGGUCAAAGCUUACCUAGGACACCUUCAGCUGCUGCACUGAACUCCCAGGUUUCUGGUUUGACACAAAAUGGGCAAUCAACAAUAGUACAAACAACUCUUUCUCAACAGCAGCAGUGGCUGAAGCAUCUACAACCUUCGUUGCCUUCACCAGUUUCUCCUUCAUAUCAUCUUCAGCAACAGCAAAGGCAGCAGCAAUCCUUCUUGCCACAACAACUAGCUUCAUCACAGCUCCACCAGAAAUCCAUGGCCCUGACACCACAGCAGAUCUCUCAACUGAUGCAGCAGCAGCCACAGCCACAAUUAGGUGGUCAGCAACAGCAACAGCAUUUGCUGCAGAUGCAGCAGCUUCAACAAAUUCAACAGUUACAGCAACAACAGCAAUUGCAAUCUCCAAAACUGUCUGGGUCCGCAGUCCAGAAACCUUUAUCUUUGACUGGAUCCCAAGAAGAGGCGCCUGCUUCUGGCAUGACAGGUGGAAGUUCUAGUCAAGGAACAGAAGCAACCAAUCAACUUCUCGGAAAACGAAAGAUACAUGAUUUAGUUAUGCAGGUAGAUCCCCAUGGUAAACUGGAUCCUGAAGUUGAAGACCUUCUCUUGCAGAUAGCAGAUGAUUUCAUUGAUUCGGUUACCACAUUUGCUUGCAGUCUAGCAAAGCAUCGCAAAUCUUCCACCUUGGACACUAAGGAUGUACUGCUACACCUAGAGAAAAACUGGAACUUGACUGUUCCAGGUUAUUCAAGGGAGGAUAGGAAAUAUCUGAAAACACCAUUAUCAUCGGAUAUCCACAAGAGGCGACUGAUCGCGAUACAAGAGUCAGCAGAAACACAUCAGCCGGAAGGAGAUGCGGGAGGUUCUAAAGCCACAAAUAAACAGCUCGUAAACAAUUCUGGGAGCGAUCACCCAAUAAAUCCUUCACCUAGCUCGGAGCAGUUAUCCCUACCUGUGGUUGCCUCACAAACCACGCACAAACCGCAGAGAUUUUAGCCACGCAUCAAACUAGUAAAACUUAUGGUCUUCCUCCACGCGAUUAACUUGAUUGAUGGUUUGUAUAUUUGCCUCCCUUUUCUACUGAAAAGGCGACACGAAGGAAUCGCUAUUUGCUAGUGAGUAAUUCCCAGAGAUUCAUGGGAAGGAACUAUUACAUUGUGUGCAUAAUACGAAGAGUUAUAUGGUGCAAGUAUUUGUAGGGCGUGGAAGCAUCUGAGAAUUAAUUAGUUUCUAGGGUUUGUUUUCUUUUCAUUUGUAGGCUCAAUUAGCGAGGAAGUGAAUCAUUAUUCUGGCCACAAAUUAUUUGGAUCAGUAUUUGUUCAUAAAUAAAACUCGUGUUCCUGUUGAUGUGUUCA